CCGGCAGCAGCGAGGCUCCUCCCCCUCGGUUUCCUCCCUUAUAAUUCGCAGCGGCGCUGAGUCUGUGAGAAGAGUUGAGAGCUGCGGGGGUGUCAGUUCAAUGCUCCGAGUCUGAGCGAGACAAAACUGCAAAGUGUGGAGCGAGACGUGUAAUCUGCCGUCUGAGCCAGAUGAAGUCUUCUGUGACCAAGGCAUAAUAUAAGGAAGGCGUCCUGCUCACAGAAUCCCACAGAUGCAAUGCGAUAUCAGUUCUAACGGGAAUUUCAUGAGUCUCGAAAGCAAAGAGAUUGCAAAGAUGUCCGCCAAGGCUCCGAUAUACCUAAAGAGAAGUAGACGUAAAGGAAAGCUGAGAGACUUCCUGUCACCUGACAUGAUUAGCCCGCCCCUUGGAGAUUUCCGGCACACUAUUCACAUCGGCAGUGGGGAAGGGGAUACGUUUGGAGACAUUUCCUUCUUACAGGGAAAAUUUCACCUUCUCCCUCAGUCGACGCCUGGUUCCUCAACUACUUCUCCAGAUGCAACACCACCCACCUCCCAUGUGGAUCUUCUCAACCCAACACCCUGCCAUUCAGAUCUUCUCUCGCCUCUUCUGAAGAAUGCCAUCUCACUACCUGCUAUUGGUGGACCACAGCCUCUGUCCCUUCCACCGUCCCCACCAACAAAACCACCACGACUUCACCUGGAUGAUACAAACAAGGGUUCAUUGGGUGACGUAGAAGAGAAUUUCCCAGUAGGUGUAUCUGCGAAUAAUCGCUUCAGCGCAGAAGAGAGCGAAGAACAAAUUCUUGCCCAUGCUGGAUCUAUUUUGUCUCUUCAUGUUGAUCUAGGACCAUCUAUUAUGGAGGAUGUCUUGCAGGUCAUGGACCAGAGCUAAAGGGGUGCAGAGUCAGACUUAUGGGUGUUGAACAAUGGGGCUUCAUUUUUUUUUAAACAGGGAAGUAUUUUAAACACUACGGGGGUUAUU